AGUUUCAUACAAGCUUUGGAACUCGUGAAAAAUUUACAAAUCUCAUUUUCACGAAGUUCAUGUAAUUCGCAAAAAUUGAAAAAAUGAUCCAAGCAUACGUAAUGUUUGCGAGUAACCCGAAAGAUGUCAACGACGCGUUACUUAUUUUAAGGUAUAUUAAAGAAACAAAAACUUCGAAGCAAAGUCUGAUUCUGCUUGACUCUGAAAAUUGUGGAAACGAAUCCUGGAACCAAUUGACUUCCUCAUUUGACGAAGUUAUUGAGUUACAAACUUAUUGCGACUUUGAAUUUAGAUGUCAUGCCUUGCUAUACUGUAUGACACUAGUGCACUUUGACCGUAUCUGCUUAAUCGACCGAUCUGCAUCGGUUUCUCAAAAUAUGGACCACAUUUUCGCUAUGGAUACUAAAAAAUUUAUCUUUUGGAAUGACAUGAUUGUAUUGACACCUGAUAUGGGAACUCAUCAAAAUUUGUUGAAGCAUCUUAGCGGUGUGGAAAAAGAAAAAACAAUGGAUGAAUUGAAACGGUUGAUAAUCGAGGAUUUCCAGGUUUUGCAAUUGGACAAUAAAUUCCACCCUGAUUUUGAGAAGCAAAACGUAAUCACGAUCCAGCUUGUGGACAAAGUGGAAACAUGGGACACUAAAGGCACAGUCAAUUGUGACAUCAAUCAAAUUUCAAAAUAUUCCCCAGGAGGUGCUAAAAGACGAGAAGACAUCGAAAAGAAAAAACACUUGGCCCCUUUCACCUAUGUUUUGGGAAUGCAAGGGAAAAAUUUUCGGAGAAAAAUCGCCGCGGGUUUCAACUUCUGGUAUGCAGUUAAUAGCGCAGACAUGGACUGGAUUUUUCGCUUUAUUGAUCUCCUCCAUAACGGAUCUUUGGUGAUUGACGAUAUUCAAGAUCAUUCUCAACUUCGGAGAGGCAAGCCAGCGGCUCAUAUACUCUACGGGGUUCCACUAUCGAUAAAUGCAGCCAACUAUGCCUACUUUGACGCAUUGAAAGUCGUCCUGGAGAAAAGUUGUUUAGGGUGUGUUGACAUUUUUACCGAAGAAUUGAUAAACCUCCAUCACGGCCAAGGAAUGGAGCUGUACUGGCGAGACUGGGAAAUAUUUGCACCAAACGAUGAUCCUAAAAAGUAUAUCCCGACGGAAGAUGAGUAUGUGGAAGUCAUUGCAAAGAAAACCGCUGGACAAUUCAUUCUAAUCGUGAGGAUCAUGCGCCUGCGAAAGAAUAACGAAACGUAUGACGUGGACCUCACGAAAUUGGCGAACAUGGUUGGAAUCUACUUUCAAAUUCGGGACGACCUCAUGAACCUCACUUCCCAAGAGUACACGGACACUAAAGGGUUUUGUGAAGACAUUUCCGAAGGCAAGCUAAGUUUCCCCGUGAUCCGUGCCCUCAACAAGGUCGGCGGAGAGAAGAAGGAUCGAUUAAUAAAACUUCUAAGGGCGCGAUCUACCUUGAAAAAAGUUAAGCUGGAAGUACUGGAAAUUUUGAACAGUUGUGGUGCCAUGCAAUAUACGAAAGAUAAGUUGACCCAGUUGAGAGUCGAGAUUGGGAAGGAAAUCGAAAGAUUUGGAGAAAAUCCACUGUUGGAAUCAGUAAUGGGAAAGUUGUGGGUUGAGAAAUAAGCAAGGACUAUUUUGAUCUAAUUUUGGAGAUGUUUUAAGGAUUAAAUAUAUACUUAAUGAUUUCGGAUAAUUAAUAAAAUCAGAUAUUUUGUUAGUCAUUGCUUGAAACCCUGAUAAUUAAUGUCAAUGGUUCAAACGUUCAAUUUUUAAUAUUCGUUAAAUUAAAUACAAAAAGCCUGUAUUUAUUUACAUGGGAACAUUAAAAGUAUGUGUAUGACAUGAA